AUGCUGCUUUCAUACGUCACAACAAUUCUUGCCGCUGCUGCAGUGGCUUUUGCCACACCCUUUCUUGGGGCACCUACCAAAGUGAAGAGACAGCUAUUACCGACCCCAAUCCUUUACGGACCCUUCCGGCUCAAGUUUAUCGCAAGAUGGUCAACCUAUAGGGACAAAUACGCAUAUGUCCAGAACCUUGAUGCCGUCCGCCCUGCGCCACGAUCGACUGGAAGCGUUUUCAAUUUCGAGAACUCCACUGGACGUCUCUGGUUGGGCAAUAACUUCCUUAACCCCAUCGUCGCUGGCCUUAGACCAAACCUCACCAGCAAUCUUGCGCCUCUCGCUUUUGGACCCCUUGGACGCCCAAACUGUGAGGUGACUGGUGGGGUGGCCUAUGAGACUGCAUUUUCGUUCAACAGUGCGCGCCGUCUGACCCUCGGUGGUACUGCUCUUUGGCACGGCUGUACUACGAACUCGUCUCUCGGGCUUGGCCCAGGAGCCAAUUAUCAGUGGGGCUCAGGCCCACAAACCACCGAAGAUUGCCAGGAUAUUCAGCUCGAAUACGAGCCUGCUUAA